UAGAUAAUUUGCGCCCGAUCCCGAUCUGUUCAAGAUGUUCUGAAAACUGCACCUGUGAAUUGAAUAUAUUGAGAGGUUAUAAGGAAGACUCAAGUGUUGUAAGACUCUUGCGUGGAUUGAAUGAUCAAUAUUCUACUGUACGAUCUCAAAUCAUGCUGAUGAAACCAUUGCCCAAGGUAGAUGCAGUUUUUUCUGAUUUGCUUCAGCAAGAAAGGCAGUUUAACAUGAAUGAAAUGGUUGAAGGGAAGGCAUUGAUAACCAAUGCAAGAACUGAUGGUGGAAUUAUUAGAGGAAGGGGUAGAGGCAAAGGAGGUAGGGGAGGCCAUGGCAAUUAUCACAAGACUGGAAGAGGUUCAAAGCAGUGCAGUUAUUGUGGCAAAAAUGGCCAUCUAAUAGACACAUGCUAUAAAAAGCAUGGAUUCCCUCCUCGUUUCAAGAAUGGUGGUGCCUCUAUCAACAAUUUGGUUGCUGAAGAAAGUGAUGAUAACAGCAAUCAGUCUCAAGAAGCAUUCGGCAAUUCUGAGCUUGGCUUUACUUUAGAGCAAAAGAAAGCAUUAUUAGCUCUCUUGAAUCAGCAAGAUGCACAACCAAAGCAUAGCAUAAAUCAAAUUGUUGCCACCACACUUCCGUCAAACCAAGGAAAAGAUUACCAUGAAGACAAUUGGUGUAGCUGAACAGAGAAGAGGCUUGUAUGCUUUUGAAAACCUCACACC